CGGAGGGCGCAGUCGACGCCCGAGGGCAGAGGGACGUCCCCGCGAUACGUACGCUCUCUCUCGCGCCUUUUCCCUAACGUUUAUUUCGUGUUUUUGUAUUUGUUUUUCCCUUUUCCUGAUUCAGUUUUCGAGUAUUGGACUUCGGAAAGUUCAAGAUAACAGAUGACUUUAUGUAGUGAACUUAGCGAGAUCUGAAAAAAAAUAUCGCUUGGAGGACGAGGAUCUACAGCAUGGGCCUCCUGAAGAUGAGGCCGGCGUCCCUGCUCGCGGCGUCCCUGCUUCUCCUGCUGGUGCAAAGGGCGGCGUCGAACCCCCUUCCCCAGGAGUAUGACUACUACGAUGACACCGACAGCUCCAGUGAGUACCAGUACGACCUCGAGACGCCGCAAGACCCGGUCGUCAUAAAGGCUGAACUUGACCCGUUGGAGGAGGAGGCACCGGCGGAGGAGGAGGAGGAGGCCCCGGCGGAGGAAGAGGCCUCGGAGGAGGAGGUGGAGGAGGAGGUAGAGGACGAGAGCGAUGAAGAGGAGGAACCUGUGGCACCUCCUGCAGUUCAGAAGCUGAGUUUCGAAACGAGAUACAGUCUCUUGGAGAGGCGAAGGCGCGCAGUACCUGAGGAACACCUUGAGAAGACCGACGCCGUGGCUCCUGCUGAGGCCGCUGGAGAGACGCCUGCCGAAGCCCCACCUCAGAGCCCAGCUGAGGCCCCCGUCGCAACCCCAGAGGAACCCCCUCAGGCUCCAGCCAAUACGCCGGCCAAGAGCGCUGGCGAAGCUCCCGCUGAGACGCCGGCUGAAGAUCCCAAAGAAGAGGCUGCUGAGGCCGCAGGCAAGGCUCCGGCUGAAGUCCCUGCCGAGAUCCCAGAAGAGACCCCAGAAGAGACCCCAGUCGAAACCCCGGCUGAGGCCCCAGCUGCGGCGCCCGUUGACAUCCCGGUUGAAGAGGCCGCCGCCCCGGUCGAGCCUCCGGAGGACCCCGUCGACGCCGAGGAAGGAGAGGAAUCCGGCCAAGAUCCUUCGGCGCAAUCAGGGGAGGGCGAGGAGGACAAGGCCGAGGUUCCCCCCGCUGUACCUUUCGCAGGACCCAUUCCCGAAGGACUCCCUGAAGCCCCCGGGACGACCGAAGCGCCUAUCACUCAGGAGGAAAGCGUCGCCUCGCUGGGUGACGUUGCUGUUGAAGGCGUUUCCGACGGAGUCACGUCGACGAAGGCAGAACCCACGACAACUACCGAAGCGCAGGUGGUGCUCAAGGAGACUUCUGAAGCAGUUGAAGUUUCCCCUGAAGAUCCUCCAGCUGCGGCUCCUGAAGUCCCCCCUGGAGUGCGAGUGAAUCAGGAUGAUGUCAGUCUCAUUAACUUCCCGGAGAGAUGUACCCAGUCCCCCAACCCCGGUGUGUGUCGCGGCGCCUUCCCCAAGUUCUACUUCGACCCCGUUACAAGGACCUGCCGCCAGUUCCUCUACGGAGGCUGCCGCGGGAAUGAGAACAAGUACAACACAGCGGCUGAGUGCUUCGAGAGGUGCUUUCCUCAAGGACAGUCGAGCCACGCCAAAAGCACGGAGAGAACGGCCAGUGACACUAAGAACACGUACCUGGCACUCCACGAUGGCACUGGCACUUCGACGCUCACCUUCACCGGCGACGGAGCGGCGGCCAAGGUCAACGGCGCUUCCAUCCAGGACUUCCGCGUCAACGGCACGUACCAACUCCAGUUCUACUUCAGGACCGAUGUACCGCAUGGUCUUAUUGCUUUCUUGCGUCAGGAAUCAGUGCCCGAAGAGCUGGCCGGAAUGAGGAUACAGCUGUACGUGUACUUGAAGAAGGGCCACCUGGCACUCACGCACAUCUUCGGCAACACCACCGAGUCCCUUGUUAUGCAGAGAGGCGGUCUCCAGCAGGGCAACUGGCACUCGGCGGUGGUGAAGGUGGACUCGCAGACGGGCGAAGUCGUGAUGGAGGUCGACAGCCACCACGAAGUCUUCAAACUCGAGAGCCUCGAGAACAACCCGCAGUACACCAACGGACGUCCUCUUGAGGGCUUCGCGUCGUCCCUCUGGAUUGGAGGCGUUUUCUCAAAGGACCUGGAACGUGAAGACGUGGUGCUAGGAAUAGUCCCCUUCCACGGUUGCUUGCAGGACGUGAAGCUCCUUAGUGGGGAUUCCUUUGACACUAUGCAAUACGUGAUGAAGAUGAGGACGACGAAGCACUCUGGCGUGACGGAACACUGCAGUAAUAACUGCAACAACCGCUACGAAAACCUGUGUGGUCAGCAUUCCCACUGCGUUGAACACUUCGACCACAGUACAUGCAGCUGCUUCAACAGCGGUAAAGACGGCAGAAGGUGUACUGACGGAGACGUCCCAGUGUUGAGCCUCAGCGGCGACGGCUACGUGGUCCACCGUCUGUAUGAGUGGAUGGAUCGUGUUCAGUCAUACGUCAAUCUCAUUUCGUUAUCGUUCAAGACGAAAUUCGCCGACUCGAUCCUCUUCUACGCCUCCUCCGAGCACCCCGAGAAACAGUACAUCACGGCUUCCAUCACUCGAGCCGGCACCAUUUACGUCGAGGUUGACCUUGGCGAAGGACCAGCCGGAGUCGAGGUCGGCGAGAACGUGAACUCCAACCUCUGGCACACGCUCACCCUCGUGCACCAGCAUGAGAAGAUUCAGGUUAUAUUCAACCACAGAACAGAAGCGACGAUCGUCAUCCCGGGCGAAAUUCGCUAUUUCCACCUCGAUCCCGAUUUCUACGUCGGCAACGCCCCCGACCUCACCAGAUAUUGCGGCCUUCCAAUGGGACCUGGCACACGCAUGGGCCCGGGAUGCGACAAGAACAUCACAAGCUAUCAUUAUGACGUGACGAAGGGUGCUUGCGAAGCCUUCACGUAUUCAGGAUGUGGCGGGAACGUGAAUCGGUUUGAAGAUGAACAGACCUGCAUGGAUAAGUGUAGUAGGCCAGGUUUGAGAUCCUUCAACACCUUCCUAGGAUGCUUCGAGAAAGUGUUCUUCAACGACGUCAGUGUUCUUCUGGAACUGGAACUGAACAACAAAACCACUCGAUACCACGGCCUAACUAAAGAGACGCCUCUCUCCAAGUCUUGCAAAGCGAUGGAGUUCCUGCCUGUCACCUUCUCGACGGAGAGCGCCAGCGUGAAGUUGAGGAACGAACGCGGCUCAAACUUCCACGUCACUAUCUCCUUCAAGCCCAGUAAGGCGGAGGGCGUGCUUGCCUCGGGACACGUCGACCUCGAGAAUGAGACGACGGAGUGGGAGCUGUGGCACGACAAACACUACGUCACCUUCUACAUCCACGACGGCCGGAUGGUUCUUAAGCCGGACGCCAAGAUCAAGACCGGACACUGGCAAUACGUGGACAUCCGCUACGACAGCAAGACACAGCUGAUGAAGAUGCGACUCAACGACAAACACGUGAACAGCAAGAAGGGGGAACUGACCAAGAAAACCGCCUUCUCCUCAGAAAUCACCAUCGGCUCUAACGUUCUUGAUCUCCAUCCAGGCUUCGUGGGCUGCAUCAGGACCCUCGAACUGGGAGGAGAGCAAGUGGCAGCCCGGGCCAUUGUCGACACACCAAUGGCUACUAAGGACGUCACGUUUGAUAACUGCGAGGUGCUGGGGCCCUGCGAGAGGCCCGACGCCUGCGAGCACGGAGGCAAAUGCACUGUGAUUGACGACGAGAUCAGCUGCAACUGCACAGGCACUGGGUACACGGGCAAAACCUGCCAUUUCUCGCUGUACCGUCGUUCGUGCGAGCAGUACCGCCAGAUCGGCUUUAACGCCACGGGGAUUUACAAGAUUGACCCGGACGGCAACGGGCCCCUCCCAGCUGCCUACGUGAACUGCUCCUACAACACAGUGACGAGGGAAACCACCACUACCGUCGUUCAUAACCUGCCUGAGGACUACUUGGUGCGCAGUAAAGGGAAGAAGGACAUGAAAUUAGAACUCGAAUACAGGGAUUUCACGCCAGAGAUGCUCACGUCACUUAUCAGCCAGUCAAAGUCCUGCAGCCAAGAGAUUAGGUACAACUGCAGGAGGUCGCCCUUGAAGCUGUCCACGAGGACUUGGUUCUCUUCCCCUUCUAACAACUUCUUCACGUAUUUUGGAGCGUCGAAGCAGGGCCUGUGCAAGUGCAAAGAACUGAAUGUAUGCGAGACAAAGGACAUUCCUUGUAACUGCGACCUGGGUGACGGAGUGCCCAGGAGCGACUCAGGAGUAAUAACAGAUCCCGAGCUCCUCCCUUUCACCUCCAUGACGUUCUUGCGUGACCGAUAUGGGGAGAAAGAGGACACGGAAGGGAGUAUCACCCUGUCGGCGCUGAAGUGCCACGAAGAAGCUUCUGCCAAACACACUGUAAGCUUCACCAACCCCUCGAGCUUCUUAGAGGUACCAGGCUGGAGAGAAGGAAGCCUCUAUUUAAGCUUCAAGACGACCUCGAAACGACCUGUCGUGGCCUACCAGCCUGCCAAUCACCCUGGCCACGCCUCCUUCGUCAUCUCUCUCGCAGGAGACAAAGAGCUGGAGUUCAUGUACAGAUACCGAGACCAGGUCAAGCGAACUGUCCUGACCUCGAAGCGCCGCCUCAACACAGGUCAUUGGCAGCAGGUCCGCAUCGAGAUCCACCAGCAACAGAUGCGUGUCAUUCUCAACUCUGAGGAGAGGCUGUUCGAUGUCGACUUCGAUAUUGUGCUCGACGGUUCUAUGUACCUGGGAGCGAUUCCAGACCACAUCAAGAAAUCCAAGGACGACCUCAAGGGACUAGAAGGCCUGGUGGGAUGCGUCCGCGGCCUCACCCUCGACGACGAAGUGAUCAACCUGAAGAGCUUCAUCCGGGCAUCUGCGCACGGCGUCAUGGAAGGCUGCAUGCCCUCGUGCGACCCGAACCCUUGCCAGAACGGUGCCCGGUGUGUGGAGGGCUGGGGCACGUACCGAUGCGAGUGCUCCAACCCCUACGCCCACUUCGGGAGGAACUGCGAGACAAACAUCAACGACAAUGCGAUCACCUUCAAAACCCAAGACGCGAGGGUCAGAUACUACACCAACGACACGGAGGCUCUCGGCAGGUUCAACCUCCUCAACAAUACCUUCCUGCUCAACUUCAGAACGCACGACACGUCUGCCUUGAUUCUUUUCGCCCACGACUCACUGCAUAAUUUCGUACAGCUCGUUCUCGAUGCGCCCGAUAAGCUGGUUUUCCUCUUUAAUAGCGAGAAGGACAUCACGCAGGUGCAGGUGGAGGCAACGGAUGGGGUCGUGUUCAACAAGGGCCAGUCCGUGGAAGUGCUGGUCAAACGGACGAAGACCUGCACAACCCUCGAAGUGUUCACGCUCGGCCAGACGUUCAGCAAGAUGGAGCACAAGGGCCUGCGUCUCCUGCAACCCGACGAGUACGAGCAGUUCCCCUUCGGCACGAGCAGGCCGCUGCCGGGGAUGGUCUACUACCCGCACUCGCUGACGAGGCCGAACCCGUACUUUGAGGCUUACCUUGGUUCGGCCAAUGACAUGUCACGCGAUGUCAAGUGUAUAACCAAGGGUAUGAUUGGUUGUCUCAGGGGACUUCGAAUCGGGGACCAAGAUGUCUCGCUGCCCAGGCUUUCGGCUGAGACGGGUAAUAAAGACGAUAACGUAAAACCCGAUUGCAAACUUGCGUGCGAUGCAACUCCUUGCAAGAACGGAGGCUCGUGCACCGAAGACUUCAAGAACGUCAAUAACUUCCAUUGCGAUUGCUCGGGCACGUCGUACGCGGGGCCUUCUUGCUCUGCGGAGUCGGCCUUCACCUUCAGAGGAGACCAAUGGAUGAGCAAAGCCAGUAAUUCGUCUGUUAUUGCUGACUUCAUUCUCGAAUUCGCUUUCUCGGCUUCGGAGGUUGUCAGCGAACCACAGCUGAUCUUGCUCCUCAGGUCCACCGACCCAAGCACCGCCCACGACUAUCUUCUGGUGGGCGUGGAGAGCGACGGGUCCCUCUUGAUAGAGGCGCAGUUCUCUGACUUGGACUCGCAGGAGGUGCACGGGGCCAAGCUCACGCCCUCAGCCCACCAGAUCGAUGUAUUUGACGGCUAUAGGCACCACGUGGUCAUCAUGAGGUCGCCGACUGAUUGGACGCUGAAGGUGGACGGAGAAGAAUAUAAGACCUUCCCAUUACGAGCUGUGUACGACGACUCGACAAGUCUCAGGCAGGAUGGUACAUAUUUGUACCUUGGCGGCGUAGAGACAGGAACAGAUGAUCGCUUGAGCCGCUACGUAAACUUCCACGGCUGCAUUUCAAACGUUGAGAUCGACUACGCUGGGGGGAAACUACGCCCACUUUCCAUGACUCUGAAAAGGGACAUGCACAUCGCAAAGAGCAGCCUGCCUCCUUCGGAAGGGUCUUGCGCUGCCUUCGGGGCCGGGGGAGCUCCGAGCCUCCUGCGCGGAAUUGGGGAGGAUAACACCAUGAUCGCGGUAUUCGGUGAGGUUUGGAAGCCCCGCCCUCUCGUGAGGAUGCAGUUUGAUGCUGUCGUUGCUCCGACUGGGCAUCCGGUGCGGGACACACCAAUGGAUAACGUGGUGCCCGCCGCAGCUGGCAUUGUGUUCCUUAUUACCAUCAUCAUCAUCCUCCUUCUCCUGCUGCGAAUGGGACAGAAAAGGAGAAAGAAGCAGAAGGAAAUGAUGGAAGAAGAGGAGAGAGAAGCACUGUUGAACGGCAAGAAACCUGGUGAUGCCAAAACGACGGCUGUCUUCACCAUCACGGAGAAACAGGAUAAGCCUCUCAAAGAUGCUGCUCCGGCCGCUAAGGAGCCAAAGGACGGCAUAGAGAUGAAGGAGAUGAACAAAUUCGAGGAAGUCCCCCUGACGGCCGCCAACCUCGACGCCACCGACGGCGCCCCCGCCGAGGCCGACCAGCUGGAGGGCGAUCAGGUGCGUAAAGACUCGAGUUCGACCGAGAGCCUCGAGGACGAGGGACGUCUGUCUUGGGACAAGUCUGUCGAUGGACUGCCGCUGAUACUCGGGCAGACACAGCCUGCGAGCUACGACGAAAACGAUGUUGACGACGAUGACGAAAACGACGACGACGACGACGACGACGAAAGCUCGGUGAGCAGCAUCGAAUGCACCAUCGAGAUCACUGCCUCCCCCCCGGCCACCCCGACCUCCUCGUCGUCUCAGCCGGAUUCCAAGGCCCAAGAGUCCCCGUCCUCCACACGCGUCAACCAGGGCUCCAUGCUCUUCAUCGACGAGGACGCCAUAACAGUGAAGGACUCGGACGACGACACAAGCCUCCAGGCGUUCAAGGGCGACCACGCGAAGAUGAUGACCAUUGAGGAACCCUCGGAUGAGACGCCGAAGGAGGAGGAAGCCCCAGAGACCAAGGAAGGGAAGGGAUCCAGUUCUGACGAGGAGGAGGAGAUCGAUGUGGUGAAUGUAUCUGCAGUAGAGGUGGAAGAGCCGGAGUCUCCAGUCGGUAUUCGAUCUAAGAGUUCCGAGGAGAAGUCUCCUGAAGAUGCUACAGGAGAUGCCGAACCAGGAGCAGGAGCUAAGAGCGACAGUGAUACCAGCGACGAUGAGGAGGCCAAGCCAAAGGCCGAGGUAGAAGAGCCAGCCUCCAAAGACGAAGAGGGCGAAGCAGAGGACGAGCAGGAGACCAAGCCCGACGACGCUCCAGCCCAAGAGCCGGAGGAGAUUCAAGAAGACGGCCAGAAGGAGGAUGCCCCGAAGGAAGACACUAAGGAGGAAGACGGCCAGAAGGAGGAGGCCCAGAAGGAAGAAGCUAAGGAGGAAGAGGGCCAGCAGGAGGAAGCCCAAGAGAAGGACACCCAGGAGGAUGAAGGCCAGAAAGAGGACACCCAGAAGGACGACAAGUCUUCACCAGAGACCAAGGACAACUCCGACACCGACGACGAUUUCAUCGAGCUCCGCGAAGAACGGGAGUCGGUGCAGGACGCCCGCCGAAUGACCGCACAGACGAUGGAGGGUUUCGUUACACAAAGAUCACCAGGAGAUUGUGUAGGAGGAGCUAAGAAGAAGGAAGAAGAUAUAACGCGGUUAAACAACGAAGCAAAGGGUAGAGACAGUGAAAGUGAUCUAGCAGACAGAGUUGAAAGUGUAGAAAGUGCAGGAAGUCAGAAAGAUGUGAAAGGCGGAAACAAAGACGAUGUGACGCCACCAGUCAUUGUCAUCAGUCGCGCCGAUGCUGAGGACGUCGAAGAAGAGGAGAAAGCGAAGGAUAAUGUUGAUAACGAAAACUCAAGCGAUGGAGAUGGAGAUCCUAAGGAAGACACACAGAAAGAACAUAGAGACGAAAGAGAAGAGGGUGUAAAGAGAAAAGGAGAAGAAGCAGCGGAUGACGACGGAAAUAACAGGACACUGAGCGGUUCGAUUUUGCCGGAAGAGCUGUCGAUGAUUUCCAUUGAGCAGCGUGCGGACCCCGAAGAACUGGAGGAGGCAGACUGGUCGCUAAUUACCCAGUGGUCGUCGAGGGACCGAGGAAGCGACAGUGAAGAAGGCGACGACGGAGUCCGAGAGGCUGGGCAGCGACGGGGAUCGCCGGUCGAGGAGGACGGUCAGCAAGGCGUGUCUUCGACUUACAGGAGGCUGGGCGACGAAAUCACCUUCGACAGCCCUCCUCUGACGCCCAAAGAAGGAGUCGACAUCAAGUACGACUCUACGACGCCGCUCGACCCCAUCAGCGAGAGGGACGAGAGCGACGAGGACGGCGAGGCGGCGACCAAGGCGGCCCCGUCGAGGUUAAAGGCAAAGCUCUCCUCGGCCAUGAAUGACCUCCUCUCCAUCGGCCAGGACGACUCGGCCGCCGACGACUCCAUUCGAUCCGACGCGACAGAAACCGCCGGCGCCGAAGAAGAGGCGGGAAAGGCAGAUGAGGAAAAGGAGAGAUCACAGUCGGUGGGCGAGGAAAGCGGAGGUAGUUCAGAAUCGGAAGAGGAAAGUGGAAGCGGCUCGGAAUCGGGGGAAGGCGACAAAGACACCGGAAAGGACGCCAACAGGACGCCAGCAGAAGACGGCAACGCGCAGGCGAGCGGCGAACCCCCAAAGGAAGGGGAAAAGAAGCGCACCAAACGGGGACGCAUCACGAAGAAGAGGAAAGCAAGUCCCAUCCACCUGCCGGGGGCGCUGAGGACCUUCAGCAACCCCAUCAGCUACUUAGGAGGCCCCAACAUCGAAUACGAAGAGGUCAAGGAAGGCAGAGAACGCCAGGACAGCGUGACGUCCAUCACAUCUCUGGACUAGGAAGCAUCUCUUCCCAUUGCGGAUUCUUUUUUUUUAUUUCAGAUGACAAAAAUACGUCACGAAUGAAUAAUGAUUUACAUGAACCUCAGAUUCUGUCACUGCUUUGUAGUUCAAACAUUACUGUCAUUUGAUUGUUCAGUGUACAUUUGUUUUUUGUUUGUUUUUCUUUUCUUAUUUCCCCUUAGACUUGUACAUAAUGAUAAUUCAAAUGUAGAUAAAGACAAGCCAUUUAUUAUGAAGAGUGUCUUGGGUUUCUUUUUUUCUUUUUUUUUUGUAAAUGUAUAUCUUUAGAAGGAACGAUUGUUUUUGGCAUUUCUGAUCACGUUUCAUUAUACUAGGCUUCUUUGGUGUGAAUGUAUAGUUGCUUGGCCUAAUAAUAUUGCGAAGCUAAUAAAAUGUGUAUGUGGUUA